UUCAGGCGAACUCGGACAACUUUCAGUGAGCCAAAAGACGGUUUCACUUCUCUUAUAACGCUGGCCCGAGUUCUAGUGCCGCUCGGUGGGAGCUAUGCGCUGGUGGGCUUUGGACGUGGGCUUCUUGGGUUUCCCUUCUGCGAAAUCGCCCCGAGGGAUCUCACUGGCUCUGAAUUCGGACGCGGCGUUCCCCGAGCUGGUCCAAAGUGUGAUUCGCCUGCAGAGGCCCCAGUGCCCGGAUGUCCAUCAGGAUUAGUGCGAGCCAAUACGGUCGGAGCCCGAGGCUGCGGUGAGGACGCCCGGGCUCGGGAGCAGGUAGUCCCGUAACACCGGGGAGUCGCGUAGGGGAGACCGUCCCCGCCCGGCCCCAGCAAAUGGUGAGCGCGGCGCUGGCAGAAGGGCCGCGGGUUGAAGGCUCCGAUGGACAGAAGUCCUUGAGCUCUGUAAACUGAAUUAUGGCAGCCCAGUCAAGCUUGUACAAUGAAGACAGAAACCUGCUUCGAAUUAGAGAGAAGGAAAGACGCAACCAGGAAGCUCACCAAGACAAAGAGGCAUUUUCUGAAAAGAUCCCCCUUUUUGGAGAGCCCUACAAGACAGAAAAAGGUGAUGAGCUAUCCAGUCGAAUACAGAACAUGUUGGGAAACUAUGAAGAAGUGAAGGAGUUCCUUAGUAGCAAGUCCCACCCUCAUCACUUGGAUGCUUCUGAAAAUAGGUUGGGAAGGCCAAGAUACCCUUUAUUUCCUGAGAAGGGGAGCAGCAUUCCAUCCCACUCCUUCCACACUAGUGCCCACCACCAGCCUAUUAACACUCCUGCCUCUGGACCACUUCCUGUUGGUAACAGCCACAAUCCAAAGAUGGCACAGCCAAGAAUGGAACCAAUGUCAAAUCCUCAUGUCAAAAGCUAUGGCCCACCAGACAGCCAGCACCCGGCCCAAGAUCGCCUCGGUCAGGAGGGGUGCAGCUCCAGUCAUCACAAAAAGGGUGACCGCAGGGCUGAUGGAGACCGCUGUGCUUUGGUGACAGACUCCGCUCCAGAGAGGGAGCUCUCUCCCUUACUCUCCUUGCCUUCCCCAGUGCCCCCCCUGUCACCUGUACAUUCCAACCAGCAAACUCUUCCCAGGACACAAGGAAGCAGCAAGGUUCACAACAGUAACAGUAACAAUAAAGGCUAUUGCCCGGCCAAAUCUCCCAAAGACCUCGUGGUAAAGGUCCACGAUAAAGAGACUCCUCAAGACAAUUUAGUGGCAGUCGCCAGCCUCGGGGUGGCCCCUCCCCAGCCACCUUCUCAGACUUUCCCCCCGCCCUCCCUCCCCUCAAAAACUGUUGCAAUGCAGCAGAAGCCCACAGCUUAUGUCCGCCCCAUGGAUGGUCAAGAUCAGGCUCCUAGUGAGUCUCCUGAACUGAAACCCCUGCCGGAAGACUACCGGCAACAGACCUUUGAAAAAACAGAUUUAAAAGUGCCUGCCAAAGCCAAGCUCACCAAGCUGAAGAUGCCGUCUCAGUCAGCUGAGCAGACCUACUCCAAUGAAGUUCAUUGUGUUGAAGAGAUUCUGAAGGAAAUGACCCAUUCAUGGCCGCCUCCUUUGACAGCAAUACACACGCCUAGUACAGCUGAGCCCUCCAAAUUUCCUUUUCCCACAAAGGAUUCUCAGCACAUCAGUUCUGCAACCCAAAACCAAAAACAACAUGAUACAUCUUCAAAAACCCACACUAAUUCUCAGCAGGGAACAUCUGUCUCUGUCCCUGCCCAUUUCAGCAUGCUUGAAGAUGACCUUCAGCUCAGUGACAGUGAGGACAGUGACAACGAACAAAGCCCAGAGAAGCCUCCUCCUGUAUCUGCACCUCCAAGUGCUCCACAGUCGCUUCCGGAAGCAGCGGCCUCAGCACAUUCCAGCAGUGCCGAGUCAGAGAGCACCAGUGACUCAGACAGCUCCUCGGACUCGGAGAGCGAGAGCAGCUCAAGUGACAGCGAAGAGAAUGAGCCCCUAGAAACUCCGGCUCCUGAGCCUGAGCCUCCUACAACAAACAAAUGGCAGCUGGACAACUGGCUGACCAAAGUCAGCCAGCCGGCAGCACCCCCGGAGGCGCAGGGGAGCGCAGAGCCCCCGCCUCGGCACCCCGACAGUAAGGGCAAGGGUGGGGGCGACAGCGGUGGCCCCACCCCUGGUCACGAGCGCUCGGAAUCCAAAGAUCCUCCCCUCAAAAGCUCCAGCAAAGCCCCUCGGGGCUCCUCUGAAGGCCCCCACGCCGGCAAGAGAAGUUGUCAGAAGUCCCCCGCGCAACAGGAGCCCCCGCCGAGGCAGACUGUCGGAACCAAACAGCCCAAGAAGCCCGUCAAGGCCUCGGCCGAGGCAGACUCGCGGGCCAGCCUGCAGGUGGAAAGUGAGCCAGGACCCCCUCCGUACGGCUCCAAAGACCAGCCUUCCAAAGACAAGCCCAAGGUGAAGACGAAAGGGAGGCCCCGUGCCGGAGAAAGCAGAGAGCCCAAGCCCGCGGCGCCCAGCCCCAGUGAGCGGAAGAAGCACAGGAGCGCGCCGCUGGCCCCCUCAAAGGCGCUCUCGGGCCCGGAGCCCACGAAGGACAAUGCAGGGGCCAGGAGCCCCGAGCACUUUGCCCUGGUUCCCCUGACCCAGAGCCAGGGCCCACCCCACGGCGGCGGCGGCGGCGGCGGUGGCAGCAGGACUAGUGGCUGCCGGCGCGCUGUGGUCGUCCAGGAGGACCGCAGGAAGGACAAGCUCCCGGGGCCCGCGAGAGACCCCAAGCUGCUGUCCCCGCUCAGGGACACUCCUCCCCCUCCAAUCUUGAUGGUGAAGAUAACUCUGGACCUUCUUUCCCGGAUACCCCAGCUUCCUGGCAAGGGGGGCCGUCCGAGGAAACCCGAGGACAAGCAGCCCUCCGCAGGGAAGAAGCUCGAUUCGGAGAAGAGAGGCUUUGACAAUUCAAGCAAGUUGGCCAAAAAAAGAAAGGCUGAAGCAGAGAAAGACCAUGAUAGCAAGAAAGCCAGACUGGAGAAAGAAACCAAGUCACAGUCAUCAUCUUCAUCCUCCCACAAAGAAUCUUCUAAAGCAAAAACACCCAGGCCCUCCUCUGAGCCCUCAAAGAAGGAAGCGCUUCCCCCACCACCUGCAUCAUCGUCAUCGUCGUCCUCCUCGUCCUCCCAGAAGCCAGCCAAGCCUGCACAGAAGAGGCCAAGGCGGGAAGGCGACUCCUGCAGCCAGGACCCUCCCCAAAGUGCCAGUAGUAGCAAGGGCAACCACAAAGACUCUUCCGCUCCCAAGCACAGAAAAGUCGAGGGGAAGGGACCCGGAAGCAGUACAGAGCACAAGGGACCUUCUGGAGAUACUGCAUAUCCUUUUCUGGUGCCUUCUUUGCCAAAUGGUAACUCGAAACCAGGGAAGCCUCCAGUGAAGCCUGACAGACAACAAGCAGAUUUUCACAUGAAGGAGGCCAAAAAGUUGAAGCAAAAAGCAGAGUUAAUGACGGACAAGGUUGGGAAGGCUUUUAAGUACUUGGAGGCCGCCUUGUCCCUUAUUGAGUGUGGGAUUGCCACAGAGUCGGAAAGCUCGGCGUCCAAGUCGGCUUACUUGGUGUACUCGGAGAGUGCAGACCUCAUUAAAUUUAUAAUGUCAUUGAAAUCCUUUUCAGACGCCUCAACUCCACAAGAGAAAAUAUUUGCUGUUUUAUGCAUGCGUUGCCAGUCCAUUUUGAACAUGGCGAUGUUUCGUUGUAAAAAAGAGACAGCAAUAAAGUAUUCUCGUGCUCUUAACGAACACUUCAGCAGUUUUUUCAAAGUUGCCCAGGCACCUUCUCCAUGCAUUGCAAGAAGCACAGGCACACCGUCCCCUCUCUCUCCAAUGCCUUCUCCUGCUGGCUCCGUCGGGUCCCAGUCAAGUGCUAGCAGUGGCGGGAGCAGCGGCAUGCCUGUCACCAUCCAAAACAUGACGUCGUCUUAUGUCACCAUUACGUCCCAUGUCCUUACUGCCUUCGAUCUUUGGGAGCAGGCUGAGGUCCUGACGAGGAAGAAUAAAGAAUUUUUUGCUCAGCUCAGCACAAGUGUGUGUGCCUUGGCCCUCAACAGCAGUUUGAUGGAUCUGGUGCACUAUACCAGACAGGGUUUUCAGCGGCUAAAACAAGCAACCAAAACACCUUAACGGAGGCCCAAGUUGAUUUGAUGGCUUGGGAACUUUUUUGCACAUUGAAAGCCUCAGAAACAGUUCAGACGUUUGUCUCAUCAAGACACCAAACUCGAGAAGAGAAGCACCAUGAGAUGGCCAGGACAUUUGUCCACUUCAACUUUCAAGAACUUACAUGAUCGUUGGUUGGACGUGGUGGUUGUACAGAAGCAGAGAGGUGGAGGCUGGCCCCAGAGAUGACCUUGCCUUUCCUAACUGAAGGACAGAAGUGCAAUGUAGACUAAGUGGGCACAUGAGUGGUCUAGAAACAUUUCCGUACUUUUUUUAACCAGCAGGAUGCAAAUGGCAGAUGAAAUGAGGAGAAGCAGUUUCAGCUCUGAGAGCAAGUUCAUGUCAUCUCAGUAGCCACCCUAGUCUAUUCCCAGAAGGAAAUUUUUUAAACAAUGAAUUUUGGUGUAGGGUUUUGUGGAUGAUUUUUUUUUCUUUUAAGUUUUGGGGGAAAUAUUUGUUUACUAAAUUCUAACAGUCACCUAUAAAGCAUAAGUUGUGAAGGACUCCACUGUACCCCACUUCCUGCCCGUGAACAGUGGCUUUGAUAAUACCAAGUAUUGUCACAAUUUAUAAAAUUGAAGGCAACUCCCCCACACCCUCCAUGUCCCUGUUGCCUGGAGUACCGCGCGUUCACCCCACUUCUGAUUUCUCCGUCACUGCUGGGAGUCAGCCUAAGUCCGAGCGGUGGAGGGAGGAGCUGCUGCCCACGGGGACGCCAUCUUGAGAUCGCAUGCACGAUGGAGGACUUGGUGGUGUCGUCCCCCACCCCCUGCGUCAGCGAAAGGCAGUCACCCAUUGACUAUAUUCUGAAUUUUCUACCUUGGGGAAGAAGGGAACCAACAUUUAUACCUGACCAGAUGGCUAAAGUGCUUUUUAAUUUUUGUUUAAGUAGAGCUGGAAUUUGAGGUGCUGAUCUGUGGUCUACAGUUAUGUGGUAACUCAUGUUGUCUAACCAACUCAGAAUUUUGUCAGCAAACAAAGAAAAAUGAAAUCUACUCCUUAGAGAGGCUAUAUUUUUCUGCUACAGAUUAUUUUAUAUUUAUAGCAAAAGUACACUUUCUGAGCCCUUGAUUGUCUAGGGUAAGUUAACUCCCUAAGAGGAUGUGGAGAUUUGGGUGGUUAAUUAGACUUUAAAAAAAAAAAAAAAAAAAAAAAAAGUCACCACAUGCCUUCACUCCAAAGUGUUCUCCGUCAACUAGAUUUGAUUGGAUUGAAGAACCGUGGCCUUCCCAUAUGUUGUUAUUGCCAUAUUCUAGACGUUAAACCAAGUUCGUAGGGAAUGACCUAAUGAAAGAACACAGUCAAAAUUCCCACAUAACCAUAAGCACAGAUUUUUUUUUUAUUGAAACUUUGAAGGCUAUUGGAAGCAUUAUUUUGAGUGCAGUGUUUUUAAAAGCCAAUUCCUGAUAUCCCUUUUAGAAGUAGAAUUUGCACAUGUAUUAAAAUUGAGGAGUGAGUGUUAUCGCUACUGUUGGUUCAUUUUUUUCUCUCCCUUUAUCCCAUUCUGCCCCUCUACAUUUUGUUUCCUACCCAGAACGUUUGUCAUUUUCAUACUAUUAAUGAAGAAGGGAGUGCCAUCUGUAUAAGGAAGAGGUUGAAGGUCCAUACAAGGAAUGUAAGAACUCGGUGAUUUGGUCAAUACAUAAAGGGAUGUGUGGAGGAUGGGAGUGAUGAUGAUUUUUCACGUAUGAAGUGUUCGUGUGAAGCUGUUCCUUCAGUGUCUUAGCCAGCCUGUUCUCUGUUACCAGUAGCUAGUUCAGAGGUUUGUUACCUAUGUUUAGGUGAAAGCCAGAGAGAGCGGUACUACUACCUGAGCAUGAGGACUGGAUGUGUGGUCUUGAUGGACCAAUUUCAUUCGCUGUUGUUCUAAAGCAAGGCCAUUUAACAAAACCUUUUGUUAAAUGAGCAGUAAUUGUCUGGUGGGUUGUGGCAUCAUGCCCAUCUCUUGUAUGUGUGAAACAAGACACCAGAGUCAGGUAUAUGUGAUUAUUUAAUGUCCUUUUCCUGCUUACUCACUUGGCCUUCUCUGCCCCUUUACCCCACCAUUCCCCAGUACAAGUCACCUGUCAGUUUGGGAGGCUGUGUCUUUUUCGGACAGGUUCUGAUCUAUGCAGAUGUGUUGGAGUGUGUGUGUGUGUGUGUGUGUGUGUGUGUGUGUGCUGUCGGUGAGCGAUACUGCUCCUGUGACUGAAGACACUCGGCGUCGAUUGCUCAGCCACUUCUAAAAAAAAAAAAAAAAAGAUUGCUUUUUCAGUGGCCUUAUUCUUCGUGUGUAGUGUUUCCCCCCCCUGACCUUUAUAUUAAAAAUUUAUUUGUCCCUUGAAAAACUAAUCAAUUUGCAGAGAUCAAUUUGUAAUAUUUUGAACAUGGGAUAUUUCCGAUUCUUACUGCCUUGUACCUAAAAGAGGAUUCCCAGUGGCUACUUUUUAAAUAGAGUAUGUGAAAAAUAGUGGCUGAUGAAUCCUUAAUGUUCAUAAUGUCUUUUUCCUGUUACAGUUGUAUAUAGAAAUCUAUAAAGAAUUUUAAAAAUCACUGCACUUUUUCACUGCAUGCUUAAAUUCCCAAAGGCAGAAUUUGUACUGAGGUAGAUAAUUGAAAGGACUAGAUUAUAAAAUGAGACAAAUAACAAAGCAUCUUAAGGAGUGAAAAUUGAGUGUAAAAUCUUGCCUUUGGCACUACAGUUUUGUGUGUGUGUGUGUGUGUGUGUGUGUGUGUGUGUGUGUGUGUGUGUGUGUGUGUUUGUGUGUCUCUUUACUAGGAAAUGGAACAACACUGUUUUACUUUUUAAAAUGUUGAAUGUUCCUGUCCUUUCUGGAGAUAAUUAAAAUGUGAAUCACUGAACUUGAGAUUUUAGCCAGACUAGGGGCCCUGCUAAAGGAUGAAAAACACUUCACUGAAAUUUACCAAAUGACACUGGGGAAGAAUGUGAAAACAUUCGCCACAUGUGAGCUGCGGUGAAGAAGCGAGGGUCCAGUGGGUGUAUUAUCAGGACGAGAGUUGCAGUAGCAUGACUUCUAGGAUACACUCAGUGCUGCAUGAUAAUGAAUCUGAAUUUUCUUUUUUUAAAUAAAAGGAUCUUUAUUUUAUAGAUCUGUUUUGACCAAGAUAUUUAGCUUUUCCCCUAGACAAAUUAGAACACAUUUAUAUCCUUUGAUUCCAGAUCCCAGGCUUUUGAGAAGCUAACAUUUGGCCCCUUUCUGGCUGAAAACCUGCCUUAAUUGGUACCUUAAAUAUUCAUGUUCGUAGAACCAGGAGCUUACUAUUUUGUUAGGAUUCCUGUCCAAUAAUUUUUAGAAGCAAAAAGAUGAACCAUUAUGUCCUCCAAAAUGAACAGCUUUUGUAUCUGAUACAGAAAGGAGAUGUGCGUGUGUUGUACGCAUGCAUACGCAUUCACACACACAGACUAUGAGGCUGGUUGAAUUAGAUGUAUUAUUCAUUGUGCCUUUGUUGACCAAACCUAAUUUUGAAAUAAUACUAAUUUGGGAUAAUGCUGUAUUUAUUUUGAUAUGGCUUUAAGACAUGUUAAUGUGGGUCUUGUACCUUUUGUUCUUCUGCUUCAUGAAGUUUGAGGCAUAUUUAUUCAUCUUCAGGUAAAUGAAUCAAAUAAGGCUUGAUUCCCUACCUCCCACCACAGAUUCUACUUUUUUCUUAAGGAUUUAUUUUCCCAGACACUACACAAAUCUUUGAAAAACUUUGCCACUUCUACUACAGUCUUUACCAUCAAUUACCAGUAUUUCAGUUUUGCAAGGAUAUUUGGGUUUCUUUUAGAAACACAAAUGCAGAGAUUUGCUCACUGGAAAGAGUUGUGUAUGGGGCUACGGAGGCGUGUCAGGGUUAUGGCGGUACUUCUUUGUUCCCUUUCUGUAGUGGGUUGUCUCUUCUGAUUGUUUUUGGUCCUAUUGAGAAUUAAUGAAUAUAAGGUUUUUCCUGUGCCUUUUUAUCUUGUCAUUUUGUUUGCUGGAGGUUGACUGGCAGAAUUACAUGGUGUUGGGGAUCUUCCUUCAAACAUUGCAAGGGGUAUUUGUACCAUAUAAACCUCCAAUAUGCAAUCCAGUCAUGUUGGUUUCUCAGUGACUAAGAAUGAUGACCACUGGCCAUGUUCUUUAGUUCUACAAUGAGUUGGCAAGCACCACCUAUCUACUUAAGGGGGCUGUGGAUUUCCUAUUGUCCUAGGGAAAUCACACUAUGUUCCACUGUGCAACAGAUCUCAACAGGUACUGUGAUGGGUAGAAAAGUUCCCUGUAUUUCUCUACCCACAAGGGCAGGAAGGAAACCUACAGCUCCCUGUGAGCCUAGAUAUACUCUCUCGGCCUGGAAGGACAAGGGAGUAAGACCACUGGCAGCAAGGCUGGCCAAGCUGCACUGGUGAGACCAGGCGGUGGCCGACCUAAGGAAGAUAACGUGCUUUGCUUAUAAAAGUAGAUGUUUAGGUGAUGCUUAACACAGGCAGUAUUAACUUCGCCUUUUGUUCAGGCCAUCAACAUGUAUUGUUAAAAUUACUGCACGUUCCCCCUCAGAUAUCAAGUAUACACUGUUCAUGUUGGUGUGUGUGUGUGUGUGUGUGUGUGUGUGUGUGUGUGUGUGUGUGUUUAUAGGUAUGUGUCCCAAAUCUUUUUUGUUUUUUGUCUUUCUGAAUGUGAUCAUGUUUUGGAUGAUACCUGAGCAGGGUUGCCUUUUUUUUAUUUAUUACCGUUAUAUAUUAUAUUAUAUAUUUGUUGCUUUCUUAUAACUUUAGAGGAAGUCAAAUCUUGGUAUUAAAAUUGUUUAAAAAAGGAAUAAAUUGCCCAGUUGAUAAAUGAUCACUGGUCUGUCUAAAAUACGAAUUUGUCUCUAAUUCUUGUGGAAUAAUGUGCCAGCUGUCUAGUCCACAUGGUGAGUUUGUACGUAGGCUAGGGAAGCAGGGAUGCUCUCAGCGGGAAGAUGUGCAACACAAGUAAGGGGGAUGCCAUGUAUUGUAUCUACUUCAGCAAUGGAACUGCAACUUGGGGCUUGUGUGAAUAAAAUUUAGCUGCCUUGUAUAGUCCUUUGAAAGAGACAUAUGUGAUCUGUGAAAAUUAUAGUUUUCUUUUUUUAGAAGAAAAAUUUGCAAAAGAUCUUUCCAAAGAUAACGUGCCACAGAUCUUUUGUUUGUUGUUCUCUGUAAUGAGGAUUAAUUGCUGUUUAAAAAGACAUGUAAUUGACUUGUUAAUCUUCAAAUUCUUUCCUUUUCACAAGAGGAUCGAGCUGUAAAAAAAAAAAUUAAUAAAAAUUUAGAGAAAUCA